GAUGCUAGGAAUACUGAAUUGAACGUAUUUUGCAAAUAUUUGUUUAUGAUUUGGGGGUAUGCAUGUGUGUGUGUGUCUUUGACUGAAUUACAAUAGCCGUAUAGCGCGCAGCUCGACCAUCAAAUGAUGCAAAGUGAAAAAAAACAGCAAUGAAAAAUGUUGCUGAACGAAAUUCAAACAGACCCUUGGUUGACCUUGAACUGGUCUGCUUAGAGCCAGAGACUGUAAUCCAAACAGGAACCAAAGUAAUUAAAUCGUGCAUAAACAAGCAAGGGUCGGCACAACACUGCGAUGUUGCGGCACUACUAGUGCCAUCUAUUGCGGAACACAACUUUGCCUAGCCGAGGUGCGAGCUUUCUGGGAGCUUUGCGACGGAAACUUGAGCUUUCUGGAGACUAUCAAAACGGCAAAACAACGAAUUGUAAUGCUGAAUCUUUAUAAUAUUAUCUUAUAAAUACGAUACGAUAGAUAAAUUCAAGUUAUUACAGAGUAAAGUUUCGAUGUCUACUACUAUGUCAAAAUUGAUUAAACGUGUUCAGCCUUACUGAGUAACGUCCACUGCUCCGACGUAAAACGUGACGACACUUUACCGCUCGGAACCAAUGCAAAACAAAACAAAAUGAAGUGAGGAGGUAAACAUUGCACAUUAAAAUAGGUCGAUCUGGGAUAUCGAUCUGGACGGGAUGCGAGUGCUUUGUUCGAUUGGGUGGAAAUGGCACACAGCGAGGGUAGAAAGGAAAGGGUCACCGGGUUCAAUUGAAAUAUCGUUCCCCAUCUACCCGCAUCCGGCGCGGACAGUGAGGAGGGAUGGGAGGAUGGGAUGGGACGAACCAUUCCUCCCGUUGGUAUACCGAACCGGGCAUGUAUUGAUUUUGCGUGCGUUUGUCCGCUGCCUAUAAAUUGCAAUGCGCGAUGUCGCGAUGGCAACGAACUUUCCCGCCAGCCUUUGCAGCACGGCCUCGUUCGCUUAGUUUUCUAAUUAAUAAAAUGGUUAACGCUCGCACCGACGCCCGAGUCCCGAGAGACGCGCUGCGUGGGAAGAACAACAAAAGCUUGAAACUUGUUAGCUGGAAUUUCCAUCCGAUUCGUUAUUCAUUUGAUAUUUUGUUGUUGUUGUUGCUCUUUCCGUUUGCUGAGUUCAACAAAACUAACUCGAGAUAUUGGAAAAGCCCGUUAUGUGUGUAGCAAGAGUUGGAUCAGCAUCAUCACGUCCAACACUCGAGAUUGCAGCAAUGCCGGUGGUGAGAACUGAUCUUGAAAUCGUUGCGUCGUUCAAAUUGAUCCGGCAACGCAACUCCAGACGUACGUUGCUCGGAAGUACUUCAACCUCCCUCCCUAUCCGCCCCGUCGCUCUCUCUCUCUCUCUCUCUCUCUCUCUCUCUCUCUCUCUUUCUCUAUCCAGCUCACAACACACCCACUGCACGUGGCUUAGCACAAGGGGGAGCUAUUUUUCGCUAUCAAUUAACCUCCAAACUCGGCCCGGUCUUGGGCCACCCUCAUUUCAUCAGACUUAAUCUCGCAAGUCAAGACGGCAACGGACACGCUGGACACUGGGGCACGCAAUCUUCGCUGGUGGAUUACGGCUGGUUUUUGGGGUGCGCGUUACUCAACGCACUGUUUUGAGCUAGAUCUGGAACGGAAGGGAAAACUAGACGGAAGGGAAAACUACUGGGAAAAAGUCACGCUGUGCGUGAGGAAUGAUCUGCGUGUUAGUUGGGUGAGCGGACUAGAAGGAAGCAGUUCCCUAUCGACGACAAGUGCGCAGCGUUGGAAUACGGGUCGUCUUUUUGUCCGUUUAGUUCGGUGCUGGUCUGACUGGUGCAAGUGUACUGGAAUGGCGGAAAAUUCCGUUGCUCCUGCACCAAGGAUACACCACAGUGUGCUACCCGUUGGAAUUCAUCCAACGGCACCAAGAGAGUACCGUCCGCCAUUAUCGAUCAUCAAAUUUUUGGAGCUGUCACUGGCCGUUACCUGUACCACGCUGCACUACUACAGCUUCAACGAUGGUGAUCUGGUGACGGGCUUCCUGGCGACCGGGACGUUCUGUGGCUUUAUCGUGAUUCUGUUCACCGUCAUGGCAGGCUACCUGAUGAAGGCGCACCUUCAUCGUCGAUUGAGCAUCUUCUACAGCCUCCUCGGCUGCGUCUGCUUCCUGACGUCCGGUGUCUUCAUUAUCGAGGCGUGGGAGCAUGCGUUUCGCACACGGACCCGCGAUCUCGCCAUCACCAAGGGCUCGAUCGCGGUCAUCAACGGGGUGAUCUUCCUGAUGGACACGAUCUUUACCUUUCGUGAGCGCAAGUGAACAGCGCGCGGUCGGGGUGCUCUGGGUGCCCCACACCAUCUGGUCCGACGUUUAGCGGUCGCCAGGGGUUUGAGUGUUUGGUUUGUUUUAGAUGGUUGUGUGUAGUUUUGUAAUAAAAUCAUGGUGUUGUUACUAACGCAACAAGCGCUGUUGGUGCACAAUUUAUAUUACAAUUAAUAGUUAUUUUUCGAUGCGUGAUUUUAUGGCACACGUAGUUUUUAUGAACAAAUUAAAAGGACCUUCAAACACGAUCAAUCAAAUAAGGUACAUAUUCGAUAAAAAAAAUUAUUCGCUACGAUUUUUAAAGGGAAAGGGAUAGAGAUUUAAAGGAGUUAAAAAAAACCAAUCCAAAAAACUAUCCAAUAAUAACAAUAAAUACCUAAUAUGUGGAGACCUUAACGUACGACACCGAACGUGGAAUUUUAUCACUGCUAAUCAAGCUGGUAAAUCGCGUUUUUAAGAAAUCCAGAAAUCCCAUUUCAAUGUAAUAUCCAAACGUUCUCACAUACAUUCAAUCAAACUCUAGACAAAAUCCGUCUACAAUUUAACAGAUAACAAUAUUUAUAUUUCUACGCCAAUCUCACUCCGAACUUGCUUCCGAUCAUUUGUUAGUAAAAAUUCAAAUAAAAAAAUAUAUUACUAAUUAAUAAACCCAACCCAUUAGCAUAUAACAAUUAGCAUUAACAAGCAUUAACAAACAAUAUUACUAUCACAUAGCUGAAUCUAAUUUUGCAAUCAACUCAAAUAGAUGAAAUGAUAAUAAAAGCUACCAAUGACAUCAUAUAUGCUCAUCAUAUAGCUGUUCCAGAAACAUGUCUAGGAAAAGCAUAACAUCAUAAUACCGGAUGAGGUUGUAUCUCUUAUAAAAGUGCGCAAUAAGUAUAAGAAAAAGGGCAGCGAUACAGACAAUAUUCAACUUACCUAUAGCUUAAAGAAACCAUCGACACUAAAACACCACUCUAAACGCUGCUUGGUCAGAUAAUCUUGAAUCAAAUAAACAGUGUCCGGAAUAUAGAAACUAGUAAAAAUGUCUAUGAAUGUGCUAAAUAACUAUCCAACCUCUUUAACAAUAUAGAAAUUCGCUAAUAACCACAAGAAAAAU